CAGUCAGGCAGCCACCUUGCUGUGCGCUGCGGCUGGCAGGGGCUUGCUGCCAGACUGGGGGUGGAUGUGCCAAGAUGCCGUGGAGGUUUGCUGGGGCUGUGGCGUGGGCAGCAUUUCCGUCCAUUACUUGGGUGUACCUGUGCCACACCAUCUCCUAAUGCUCCAAGGGCUGGCCUGGAUGCAGGAGGGUUUGAGCUGUAAAAGUUAAUUCAGCAAAGCCAGGUAUUGCAGGCUGUGCACAAAGACCUGUCCUGGCACAGGCCGGGUGCCUGUGUGUGUGAUGCAGGGGAUUCAGAUGGCACAGGGCAGACAGGAGCCACCGCCUGGGAUAAACCUCAGGGAGUGCUUGGAGAGCACUUAGGAAACUUGGAGAGCAAAGGGAAGCUUCACACCUGUUAACACCUGCACAUAUCUCCCCGGUCUGUCCUGCUGCGAGGGAAGUUCAGCCUUUCCCACCUUCCUCCCUGUAGAUGAGAAGUAAGGGAGCCUUAGUGAAGAUACUGGAGAGGAAACUCCUCAACAGCAGAUCUGGUGGUACAGGGGCAGUUUUUGUGGGGAGCUGUCUGAGCCAAUGCAGAGCAGAGGGGGGAGAUGUCAGAGCAAGGGGUGUAGCUCAUUUGACCUGGAUCUUCAGGUAUACUUGAUCUUCACUGAGAGGGGUGGGGGUAUGCCUUAGCUGCCCACUUGAGCUGCCUUUUAGCCCUCAGGAUUUAAGAAAUAACCGUAGUAAUUGCUCCAUAAUGUUCUAAAACCUGGCUUUGGCUGGCAGCCUCGCUUGGCACCCUUCAUAUAACCUGAUCUUUUAAACAAACCUGCAAAUGUCACAAGUGAGCACAUGAAGCAAGGCUGGCUGUCCCCUUGCUUGCUCUGCAGAGCCCACGGUAAGCUGAAAGCUGCAAAAUAAGCCUGGAAGUGGGCAAAAACCCCAGUCCAUCUUGGCUCCUGGAAAGAGGGGGCUGCUGAGCUGUCAUGGGGAACACCACCAGCGAGCGGGUGUCUGGGGAGCGCCAUGGCUCCAAGUCCCACCGCUCGGACGGCUCCGGUGCCUCCCACCCCGCCAAGGAGCACCCGCACAAGAUCAUGGUGGGCAGCACCGAUGACCCCAGCGUUUUCAGCUCCCACGACUCCAAGAUUCCUGGGGACAAGGAGUUUGUGUCGUGGCAGCCAGAUCUGGAGGAGUCAGUGAAACCAUCCCAACAGGCUCGUCCGACUGUCAUACGCUGGGCUGAUGGAGGCAAGGAGGUCUUCAUCUCUGGAUCCUUCAACAACUGGAGCACCAAGAUCCCACUCAUCAAGAGCCACAAUGACUUCGUUGCUAUCCUGGACCUUCCAGAAGGAGAGCACCAGUACAAAUUUUUUGUGGAUGGCCAGUGGGUCCAUGAUCCAUCUGAGCCUGUGGUUACCAGCCAGAUGGGGACGAUAAACAACCUGAUCCACGUCAAGAAGUCUGACUUCGAGGUGUUUGAUGCAUUGAAGGUGGAUUCCCUGGAGAGCUCAGAAACCUCAGGUCGGGAUUUAUCCAGCUCCCCACCGGGACCUUAUGGCCAGGAGAUGUACGUAUACCGGCCCGAGGAGCGCUUCAAAUCCCCACCCAUCCUCCCGCCUCACCUCCUCCAGGUCAUCCUCAACAAGGACACCAACAUCUCGUGUGACCCAGCGCUGCUGCCCGAGCCCAACCACGUCAUGCUCAAUCACCUCUACGCGCUCUCCAUCAAGGAUGGCGUGAUGGUGCUCAGUGCCACGCACCGCUACAAGAAGAAGUACGUCACCACGCUGCUGUACAAGCCCAUCUGAGCUGGGGCCUCACACGCUCCCCACGCAGGACACGAAAUGCCGCUUGUCUGCACACACUGGGCCACGGGACUGUGUGACAACUGGCCACUGGCUCCAGCCUCCAGCCUGGCAGGGACACGGGCCCCAGCAACAAGCUCAGGGCCACUGGGGCCUGUGACGCUGUCCCAUCCUACCGGCGUGGUUCAGCCCUUGGUUUCCACCCACCUGCAGCUUCCCUUGGCUUCUCUGAGUCUCUGGGACCACUUUGCUGCUCACCAGAACAGCCCUUCCUCACGCCCAACACGAAAAGGGCUUCACCCUGCCUGUCUUCUCCAGCCUGUGAGGGCCUCAAGGUGGUCCUGGCACUGCACCCAGUCCAGGCUCCAGGAGCACAUCCUGUUCUUCUGAAGGUUGUGCUGCUGCCCUGGUGCUGAAUCUCCAAGGCCAUCUUGUCUGCUAGGGGCUCUGUGACACUCCAGCCUGACACCUGCCCCCUGUUCCACAGCCCUGGCUGUGGGGCUGCCCCCCAGCUUUUUUUGAACCUCUGCGAGGUUCAGCAUCGAGCCAGCAUGAUGGACGGUACAGCUGAACACAGCCACUCUUACCUGCUGCUGUGAGAGCACCAUCAAGGACUGCAACACCCUGUCCCCAAUAUCAGCUGCUUCUGUGGGACAGGGCUGACUUUGUCACAGCCACAGGGCCACUGGCACGUGCCCGUGCUGGAGGGGCCUGGGAAGAGCAGAGCCGGGCAGGCACUCCAGGACCCUGGCUGCACCGCCUGCUGCCGCAGCAGUGCCGUGGGACAGGGGGUUCUCUAUUUAUUACAGUAUUUAUUGUU